UAUUAGACUACUACAAAUACACCAUAAGACUGGUGGCACUGGUUAAAUAUCUGUAAAACUAUUUAUUUUUAAAAGUACAAGACCCGAAAAUAACAGUAUUGGAGGGAAAAGGGUUUGGGAUCUACUCCCCGCUUGUACUUACUGCUUAUUUGUCUUCCUGGUGCUCACAGUUUCAGAUUGAGAAGUCGAAGCUUGAAACCAUAUGCACACAUAUUUGCUUAAGUUUUCUCGCAAAAGCAUUGCAGGGAGAGGGGCUGUGAGUGCUUCUUAUUGUGUGCAAUCAAACAAAUUUGUGAUGCAGCUUCUUAAUAAGAUAUCUGACCGUAUAUUUCUGAUAGCUCGGCGGUUGUUACAUGAAAUUUGAACAAUCUGUGAUGAUUUUGAAAUUUUAGUAUGCAUUUCCAAUCCGUUUCUGCUCAGCAAGCUUACAUAUGCACUUAUCCCAUGAGGUCCUGUCUUGGCUUUAGACCCGCCAUUGCUCGCCUGUUUCAACCUCAAGCUUACUGCCAAGCCCAUCACCUAAUUGUCCGAAACCUCAAAACAAUCACUGAAAUAGACGAACAGAAGAAGACUGAAAAAAAGCUCCGUAAACCCCUUACACAAAAGGUCCUGCGCCAGGAAGCUUCCCAAAAAUGGCUCUCUUCGCUUUCCUCUGUCGAAUGUGAUAUGACCGCGGGCGUAAAAGCAGAAGAAUUGGCCACUGGGCUUGAGCUCUGUGCUUCUGCCGAUGAUCUGUUUCAGAGCGAAGAGGUAGCAAAUGGUAAUGGUGCAGCAAAUGCUUGGGUAUUGGGCAUAGACCCUGACAAUGGUGGUGCUCUCGCUGUUCUCAGAACGGGAGAUUCUGCUGCCCAGGUUUAUGAUGCUCCUACUGUGCAAGUAUGUAUUGGCAAGAGAUUUCGUAGACGUCUUGAUACUAGAUCUAUUGUUUCACUUCUAUGUGGUUUGGGGGUUCCAAAAGGAAGUUCUGCAUACAUAGAACAAGCUAUACCUUUUCCAGGAGAUGGCAAACAGGGGUGGUGGAGUAAUGGAUUUGGUUAUGGAUUAUGGAUUGGCAUUCUUGUUUCCUUCGGAUUCUCUGUCAUUCCAAUACCGUCAAUAGUUUGGAAGAAGCACUUUGACUUGGUAGGAAAAACAACUUGUAAGGAUGACAGCAGGUUUAUUGCGUGUAAUUUAUUUCCCUAUCUAUCUCCUCAAUUGAAGAGAAAGAAAGAUCAUGGUCGAGCAGAAGCUCUUCUUCUUGCUACAUAUGGUAGGGAGGUGAUGAAAACGUCUAGUAGAUGAUUAGAGUCAUUGACAAUAUACGUGAAGUCAUUUUAAUUACUAAAUUGUUUUUCAUAUAGCAAUCAAGGGAAUAGAAAUUUCCAUGAUGUUGGUACUACUUCUUGAAUCAAUAUUUGGGAGAGUAUUAGGAUUGGAAAGAAAUUAGUUAAGUUCUCUAAUGAUUAAUAGGAUGUUUAAGAAAAUAUAAUUAUUGAUGUCAUCCACAAAUAUGUUUGUUAAUUUAUUCUAAAAAUAUAAGUUUGAAUAGGUCUUAAAUGAGGAUUGAAUUUUUUUCCAAAAUGUUUAUUGUGCUCUACUUUAGAAUGGAAUCUACUCUUCAAUAUUUUGUUGCAACUUUAUUUCAUUAAUUGAGGUUGACAAGCCAAUAUACAAGGUAUUGGCAAAGUGUAAAUCAUAGUGCCUUUUGUGAGACUAAUUAAACUAGGUGGAGAUAUUCAAAGCAUUGCACAAUAUUAUAUAUGUUGAAUUCUACUAUCAUUGAUAGUAUAAUUAAUGGUUGUUAUAAUCA